AAACUUACGCCCCUUUUAUUUAAGUUUCCUUUUCUCAUCAAAGCCUCGCCCCCUCUUUUGAUCGUUCAUAUAAAAGCCACUGAAAGGGUUUGUGAUUUUAUUCACCUCCUGACAGACCAAAGAUGGAACUGAAAAUCUUCAUUGUUCUCUUCUGCGCUCUUUUCACUGGAGGACAUUCACUCAAAUGUUAUGAGUGUUCAGGUGAGAUGGGUUUUUGUGAAAGCAAAAACGUGACAUGUACGGGCACUGCCACAUGUGCAAGUCAAACAACUGUACAUUUCACUGGUGGCACUGUAUUUAAAAUGCAGUCUAAGGGUUGUACAAUGACGGAGAAUUGUGUAGGUACAUCUGUUAACAAUGGAGUUACAAGGACAGUUACAUCUACACAAUGCUGUAACACAGACCUUUGUAAUAGCGUAGAUGCCCCAGAUUCCUCUAACAGCCCCAAUGGAAAACAAUGUUACUACUGUGAUGGGAAGAGUUGCUUCAACAAAUUAAACUGUUUAGGAGAUGAAGACCGCUGCCUUAAAGCUACAGCAACUGUUGGGUCUGUGUCAGAGACUGUUAAAGGAUGCGCCUCUAAAUCUGUCUGUGAUGCCACAUCACAAAUGAAUGCAGAUUACAUGAGCUUCACAUGUUGUCAGGGGAAUCUGUGUAACGGUGCUAAGAGCAUCACACAGAAUCUCCUCUUUCUCUUAUGGCCGCUCUUCUUCUUCAUCCUGAUCCACUGA